UUUAUAUCUGUUUAUUGUAAAGAAGGCGAAGCAAACUGCAGGCUGGGGACAGGCGGUGGGAUGUUUCCUGUCAAUACAGCAGGAGAGAGAAAGGAAAUAUAAGGAGCAGAGGCCGUGGACUGCAACCCAAAUGAGUGAUCUGAAUGUAAACAUAGCAGUACAGCUACAGAAGGAAAAGGAAUUAGGUGGCCUUGGGUUUGCAAGGCAAGGAAGGCUGCAGACCAAAAGCUGGAAGUGGUUCUGAAACACCCAGAGCCAAGCAAGAGAAUAAAAUUUAAAUUUUGGAGCACAAGGAAGAACAUCCUACCAUGAAACCAUUCACAGAAGAAGAUGUGGAAUUUUAUAUCCAGAAUAAGGUGGAGCGGCGACACCACGUGGUGUCUAAGACAGUGGAUGAGGUGCAGAAGAUCAUCCAACAGCUGACCUCAGAAAUCAGCUACAGGGACACUCGAUUUCAGGCCAUCUCCAACUCUGGUGUGCACAACGAGAAUUUUAGGGUCUUAGCACCCAGCCACUUCCUCAUCACAAUCCCACUGCGUGGCCUGACAGGGUACCGGGAGCGCCAGGUACGGCACUGGCGGUAUUACUCCGUGCAUGGGGCAAAGCUCCUUUCCCCAGUACGGGACCCAGAGGAGCUUCAGCAGUGGCUGGAGGUGGAGCAGUUCUCAAAGAGCCUGCAGCAGUGGCAUGAGACAGAGGUGAACAUCGAAGGUGACCUUGUUCCAGCCAAGGUCCUUGCCAUCUUCAGGGAGUUGACGGAGAAGUCAAUUACCUCCUGUAACCUCUCCAGUAAAGUCAGUAUUCUGGAGAGUUUCAGCUCAGUGGUUCGAGUUGCUGUGGAGACACCAGACUCCCAGGUAGAGGUGGAGCUGGUCCCCACUGUGGAAAUCCCAACCUGCUGGCCUGAGAGAGCCCGGUGGCCCCGCUGCUUCAAGCGCUGGCCUCCCCAGGAGAAAGUGCAGUGCAUCAAGUCAUUUGGCUUUAAUCUCCUGGCCCGCUCCAAUUACCACUGGCAGCUGGACUUCUCCCGAGCUGAGUGCAUGCUGAUCGAGGGCCUUGACGAGGACGGUGGCUGCCGCAUGAAGUGCUUCCGGGUCAUGAGACAAAUGAAGGAGGAUGUCUGGUGUACAGGAAAUAAGCCAAUCCUGACAACCUAUCACCUACAGAUGGUGCUGUUCUGGACAUGCGAGAAGUACCCGCACGCCAAGGACUGGCGCUGCUUCCGGGAAGGCUUCCUGCGCAUGGUGAAGAAGCUGCACAAGUGCGUGAGCCAGCACUUCCUGAAGCAUUACUUCAUUAGGGGCACCAACCUGCUCAAGUAUGCCAACACCAGUGACCUGGACCUAGUGGCCGGCAAGCUCGCCGGCUUCCUGGAGAACCCCGUGCUCUGCCUGGACUGAGGCAGGGAGAACCUGAUCUCUCAAUCUUGUUUUACACCCUAGUCCCUCUUGUUGUCUGUAGUUGUUCUGCCCUUUCAGUAGAUGCUGUGACUUUGAACCUGAGACGUGUGGCACGUGCAGUAUGGAAGAGAAGAGUCAAACUGAAAGCAGCGAGGGGACAAAAUUAUCUAGAGGGUUUGCUUGAUGCCCAGUCAUUGCAAUUUGCUUUCUACAGUUUGAGCUGCCUGUCUUGGAGCCACUGCCAUUCAGAUCCCCAAAACAAGCCAGAUCAGAUCCUGCCCAUUGUUUGUCAUAGUCCUGUGGUUCAUAGGCCAAAAUGCAGAGUGGUCUAGUGGUAAAGGCAGGGGAAUAGCAACCAGGACACCUUACUCUGCUACCUACUCGCUGUGAGACUUGACUCCUCUAUACUGCCUCCUCACCCGUCUGUAAAAUGGAAUUAAUACCUACCUACCUGACAGCAUUGUUGUGAGACUGAAUGAAUGUUUGUACAGUGCAUUGAGAAAUGCAGAUGGAAACCUCGGUACAAUCACAAGAUGUUAUUGUUAGAGCCAGUCUGUCUCACCUCCCUCCACAAUUAAAUGUGGGUCCUGCCCUCAGUGUAAAGAGAGUUUAAUUGGUAAGUGUUGAAUAGUCCAGUUACUGUUUUUUGCCUUUCCCUUGUGGUCUUUUUCUCUCAAGUUUUUCUUGGGGCAGGCUCCCCGGGUUUGCCUUUGUCACCUGUGCUAGUGCCAUGCCCUCUGCCCCCUGCCUGUGUUUGCUGUGACAGAGCUCUCAAGCCCAUCUGGCUCUGCCCAGCUGUCUGGGGGAUGAACUGAUCUCUCACCUUUUAGCGCCUGUAUAUUUUUGGGUGCUGUUAGAGACAGAAGGAGCAUUUUUCAAAGGUUCCUAGUUGCAGAGGAUUCCAGAGCUUUCUAUAUAUAAUAUAUAUAAAAAAUAAAGUGUUAGUGUUCUGAGAAAAGAAACAAAAAGAGUUCUAAAGUGAAUGUUGUGUUUAAUGUUAUUAAAUUACUCAAAUU